AUGUUAACGUCUUUGCCCUAAAAACCACUGCGAGACUGUGAUGACAGAUUGAAGCUAAAGGCCUAAAGGCUAACGCCCUUCUAGCUCUCUCUUUCCGGUGCGCGCAGCUAAAGGUUGAAACUGAGGAAUUAGGAUCGAGGAGUGCAUAUUGAGCGAAGAAUACCAGAGAAAACCCAUUACUCAAAAGUGCCUAAAGGCAUACAAGAAAAAAAGUUAAAAUGGGAAGGGAGAGAGAUGCUCAAAAGCCGCAGCAACAGCAACAGCAACAGCAACAGCAACAGCAAGUCUCCUUCACCGUCGAACAGCUCGUAGCCGUCAAUCCUUACAAUCCAGACAUCCUUCCAGAUCUCGAAAACUAUGUUAACGAGCAGGUUUCAUCACAAACAUACAGUCUGGAUGCAAAUCUAUGCCUUCUUCGCCUCUAUCAGUUUGAACCAGAGCGACUGAGCACCCAAAUUGUUGCUCGCAUUUUGGUUAAGGCACUAAUGGCAAUGCCAGCUCCAGAUUUUAGUCUAUGUCUAUUUUUGAUUCCUGAACGAGUGCAAAUGGAGGAACAGUUCAAGACGUUGAUAGUUCUCUCACAUUAUUUGGAGACAGGGAGGUUCUGCCAAUUCUGGGAUGAAGCAGCUAAGAGUCGCCACAUAGUUGAAGCAGUGCCAGGUUUUGAGCUAGCAAUCCAAUCAUAUGCUAUUCAUCUGCUUUCCUUGACUUAUCAAAAGGUUCCCCGGUCUGUGCUGGCUGAGGCUAUCAACAUUGAAGGUCUGUCCUUGGACAAAUUCCUUGAACAGCAGAUAACCAAUUGUGGUUGGAGUGUAGAGAAAGGGCAUGUUAAGGGCCAACUCAUUGUUCUACCCAGCAAUGAAUUUAACCAUCCUGAGCUGAAGAAAAAUACUGCAGAUAGUAUACCAUUAGAGCAUAUCACUCGAAUCUUCCCCAUUCUUGGCUGAACUUUGUAGGGGUAGGAUUAUUUGAAUUUGUUCUCUGUUUUCAGCAGUUGCUUUGGGUUCUGUUACUCGCCAAUAUUCAGUUGUGCUUAGGGGCUGCAGUAACCUCUUCUGUUCUUAUAUAUAAGAUCAAGUCCAAACACUGUAGCAGAAUUGAGAAACCUGAUGAUUCAAUUGUUUCAAUUCACCUCGAAAUUUUGCACUAA